GGCACUUUCUCUUUAAGAGCAGCUGGUCAGGCUGGAGAGAAUAGUUGAGCUCGCGUCAGGCGGAUGGAGAUGUUGUGAGAUACUGCGGCUCAUGUAGCAAUGAGAUGUGCGGGGAUCUUCUUAAAUAACAGCACGGAUGCGUUAAUCACGAAGGCCUGAUCCACACAGACGGGCUUCAUUCAAAUAGAGACUCGUGCACUCGCAUCAUCAUCAUCAUCAUCAUUAGCACAAUAACAGAUGAUGUACAGUACAAGGCCUCAUGGAUCAUCUGUAUACACAUGUUUUUUUAGGGCAUCAGCAUGGCCCAGUAAUGAAUGGUGACGUGGCUCCUAGCAGCCCGGAGCACUCCUCCUGUCCGCUGCCAGACUGGAAGGAGUUUUGCGAGCUUCAUGCUCGUGCUUCUGCAGCCGAUUUUGCACACAAGUUCCGCCGUUUCAUCAGCGAGAACCCAUGUUACGACUCGCCUGGUGCUGACGCCAGCUUCUCUCAACACUUCGCCCAACACUUCCUGACCUGCUUCUCCUCUCUCCUAGAAGAAGCUCCAGAGCCCUGCUUGCCUGGUGGCACCUUGACCCCCAAAUACAGCAUUGUCCCUUUUGUAGGCAUUCAGAGUUGCUCAUCGCCCUACGGCCACGACCUUUACCAUCGCCGCAAAGACUUGGGGGCCUCGAGUGAAUCGCUGGAUAGCAUGGACAGUGGAGAGGGUGGAGCGAGUGGACAGGAACAGCAAACUCCCACCCGUAAAAUGGGUGCUGUAAGCCAGUCCAGAAGUUCAGAGGACGUGUCGCUGGGGCAUCGCAAAGCACGCUUUAAAAAGGGCUUUUCCCUGCGCAACAUGAGUCUAAGCGUGGUUGACGGGGUUAAAGAAAUUUGGCACCGCAGGGCAUCUCCAGAACCAGACCCAUCGGGUAGUUCCAGGAGGGCCAACGGAGCUGAGGUCGUGGGGUCAGACCACUGGAGCCAGAAGCUAAGGCUAACGCGGGGCUCUCAGAGCCAGAAAACAGAGCUGUUAGAAAUCCAGAGAGAGGGUACGCUGAAAUACAUGGUAGCCGACGACACAAAUUGCAUGGGAGCGACACAAUGGCAGAAAUGCAGAUUACUGUUGAGGAAGACAGCUGCCUGCAUGGACACUGAGGAGAAGUUUCUGCUUGAGUUUUAUGUACCACCAAAGUCAUCUAAACCCAAAGUGAGUGUUCCUCUAUCUGCUAUCGUGGAGGUGAGGACCACGAUGCCUCUGGAGAUGCCUGAUAAAGACAACACAUUUGUGCUCAAGGUAGAAAAUGGUGCUGAAUACAUUUUGGAGACCAUCGAUUCUUUGCAGAAGAACUCGUGGGUGGCAGAUAUCCAGGAUUGCAUAGACCCUGGGGACAGUGGAGAUGACAUUGAGCUGGAGUCAUGUUCACACAACCAUUUGCUUAAAGACCUCUCACUGGUUUCCUCCUGCAGCUGUGAGAUGGUGUGUGAUGAAUCACAUCGUGGGUCUGAGCGUUCAUGUAGUAAUACGGGCGAUCACCUGACUGUUACCCAGCAUCCCUCACACGUGGCCUUAGAAAGAUUUCUGCAGUCACCAGAGUCACAGAAGACAAACAUCACAUCAGGAAGUCCUGGUGAAACCACAAGAGAAAUAGAAGGAGAACCCAGUUUGUCCGGUUACCCGUGGUUCCAUGGGACCUUGUCACGGGUGCGAGCGGCUCAGCUCGUCCUCACCGGUGGCGCCCGCAGUCACGGUCUGUUUGUCAUUCGCCAAAGCGAGACGCGCCCCGGAGAAUACGUCCUCACCUUUAAUUUCCAGGGUAAAGCCAAGCACCUGCGGUUGUCUGUGAAUGAAAACGGACAGUGUCACGUGCACCAUCUCUGGUUCCAAAAUGUUUCGGACAUGUUACGACAUUUCCACGCUCAUCCUAUACCUCUGGAAUCUGGCGGCUCAACUGACAUCACACUACGAUCAUAUGUACAAGUCCAGCAAAUGCUCACAGAUGCUGCUGCACCCAUGCGAGAUGCUGCUGCCUGUCGGACCGAAAUCUGUCCGUCCGCUCAUCCGGUGUCCGCCGGUGUUACCGCCCCGCUGUCAGACACCGCCCUUUCAUCCAGCUCAUCUUCAUCACCGAUGGCUCAACCCAGUACAGGAGCAUCGAUGUCCACCGGACUCCACAGUCGCAGUAACAGCGCCGAGAGACUCCUCGCACCCACCGCCACCGGCAGCACUGAUGAUUAUCAUGACAGCGAUGGUUCUCGACGGACUCGAGCCGUAGAAAAUCAAUACUCCUUCUACUGACAUCAUCGUCACUCACUGAUAUCUCACCAUCAUGAAUGAUGAAAUACACACUGCUGUCUUUAGAUUCUCCCUGAUAGACGUUACUGCUAAGUGCUCAAUAUUAAACUCUUUUUUUUUUUUUUAAGGUAUUUGCACGUAAGGCCGUUUAUUUGAUCCGACUUACAUUACUUGAGUUCAGUGUUUACAGAUGAAAUGUAAAUGAGUUCAGUGUGUAUUGCCAGUGUUUUGACAGAAAAGAAUGAAUGUUGGAAUUAAUUUAUUUGUUGUUGUAUGAUCAUUAUAGUAUGUUUUCUGGCUGGUACAGUGUUUUAUUUUUUCUCAUAAAAACAGACCUGGUUGAAAUGUUUCCUGACUCUGAGACAAAUGUUGCUGUUUUAAUACCUCACUCAAUGGGUUUUCUGUUAUCCUACUGUAGAUGUUUACUGAUGAGUAUUGGGAUCUGUGUUUCAUGAAGGUUAAAGUGUUGCACUGUUUCUUAUGUUUAAUUCACACACUUCUUUAUUUCACAGAUGUUAAUCUCACUGGUGGCAUAAACAGAUUAUCUGUAACCCUAACAAAUUCCCUGCAGAACAGCUGUAAGCCGUCUUCCUUCUGAUCCCUUCACUGCUGUCAUAUAUACACCUAUUAGCAGUUUAAGGAUGUUUGUUCAUCACUAAUCUAACAGUGUUGAGUAUUAUAUCAGUUUGAUAUUUUACUGCUGAGGAAACUUUUGAUUUCUGAAACUCGUGAUCAGCUCAUGAUGAUGGUAUUUUGUGUGUGUGAGAGAGAAGUUAAGGAUUGUUUAUCUCUCAGAUGUUAGUUCACAAUCUGUAGUCUGUAUCUGCUGCUAUUUCAUGUGUUCAUGAUUUAAUGUUUCUCAUUUUGAUUUCUCAGUUGUUUUCUCUGUUGUUUUUGUGUAAUUGUGUAGAGACUCACAGAAAAUAAUUGUAAUUUUCGUUCCACAAAGUUUAGUUCCCAUAAAACAAUCUUCUGUUUGUUGAUUUAUUGUUUACUAUUUGUUUUGUUUUAUAGGAAAAUAAUUAUGCUAACAAUGGAACGUUUUCACCAUUUUGAGCUUUUGUAUAAAGUGAUGAACGACACACAACUUUAUAUUUCUGUGAAUAAAAUGGGUGAAUAAUAAAAAAAUGAACAAACAAUCUUGAAGAUUUGUAGUGAUAAAACUUAAAGUAACUAAUGUGUCUUGAGUUUAUUCAGUAUGCACUUUUUAAUGCAGCAUAGCAUAAAAAAGAAAAAGCCAGAGAACAGAUACACAUAGUGAAUUCAAAAUCGUGUCAGAACCUGUUCCACCUUUAUUGUGAAACUACAACCUAUAUAUUAAAAUGAAUAACAAUAAAAAUUAAUAUGGAAUGAAAAAAUGGCAAGUUAAAUUGUUCAAUAACCAGGUUACAUAAGUGUACACACCCCUAAACUAAUACCGUACUUUAGAUUUUAUCACACCAUGCAAUUUUAAUGAGUAAGUGUCAAUCACAAAUCUUGACUUUGCAAUUUUACAAUUUUUUCCAUGCAAAAGCAUUCUAACUCUGUUAAAUUGGUUGGGUGUCUCCUGUACACA